CUCUAACCACUAGUUGAGAAUUAAUUUUGCACGGGGAACCGAUCACGCAGUUCAGUCAAGCAGUAGUAUUGACAAUUUGACCCGGGGCUUACAAGGUUUAUCCCUCGAACCUGGAGAGCUAUUUCAAUUGAGUUUCAGUCUGGGUUGACCCGUGAAUAUUCUCGAUUUACUCUCCCGUUUGCAGGCGUGACACAGGUACCACUUCAGCCAUGCACUCUGUUCUGCUUCGCCGAUAGAUCCAUACAUACAUGAACGCUACAACUCGGAUCUCUUUCAGCAACGGAGGAUAUGAUGUCGUUUAUUGGACACCUCUAAUGCAACAUGGGCGCUUCCUGAGACCGUUGGCUAGAUUAGGCAGGAAGAUCGUUGUUUCAUAUCCCUUGCUUCGGGGUACGUAUGUGGGCGUAGAUACACUUGCGCACAAUUCCAGUCUUGUUGUUGAGGGGCGAGUACCCCCCGAGACGGAUGGACAAGGACUAUCGUCCUAUACACAGGCGAGAUUAACAAAUAUUCCGGAAAUGGCGUCUGGAGUGCAGCAGAUCCCGCUUCACGGCCCCCCGCUCAUCAAGCCAUGUACGUAUACUUGUGUACACUCCAGGCCGUGUUGCGGGCUGUGUAUCUAGGCCUUUCUUCAUAGCGCUGCAAGACAUUCCUCCCAACAGGGGUGUUUGUAUGAAAUCUGGUAAAAGAGAAAUACCAGUUCAAUACCAAGAAUACCAUACAUACGGC